AUGACGGCAACGUUUAAAGUGGAGGGAAUUCUGGUGAUUCUGAUCGCACAGAAUUGUGUAUACCUGUGGAUAGAAGUCCAGCUCCUGCUGAACUUCCGCACCCACUUCUGCUGCAGCACAGCACAUCGCGUAGACCUCAGCGCUGAGGUCACAUUUCCAUCCCCUUCUUCUCCUGGCCAAUCACAAAGCAAACAGCCCAGACUCCAUUUUGUGAUUGGUCAGGAGGAGUGGGGGACGGAGAUGCGACUUCAUAGGUGGGAUAUUCGAGCUCUCAGAUGGCUGUGUGUGGUCUCAGAUGCACUAUGCCGGCUCUCAGGUGGCUAUGUGGGGUCUCAGAUGCAGUAUGCCGACUCUCAGGUGGGCUAUGCAGGCUUUCAGGAGUGCUUUGCAGGAAGUGCAGGGGUCUCACCUGGGGUCAGAGGAGGGCAGCGUGCUCUCAGGAAGGAGCCGGUGGAGGAGGAUAUCUGCGGUAAAAAUCACAUCAUAAAUAAGGUUUCCAUUGUGCCCGACUGCACAAGUCCCACGGCUCCCUAUAAGUCUGAACCCGAUUUGGUUCUCUUGUUAUGGACGUGGCCUUUUGGUUAUCAGUUUCCUUUAAAUAAGUGUCCAAAGCCCUUUGAUAGUCCUCGGUGCCUGCUUACAGCCAACCGUAGCUUGUAUAACACGGCAAAUGCAGUCGUCUUUCAUCACAGGGAUGUAUGUGGAUCCAGAAAGCAGAUGCCUCAGAUGUCAAGACCUGAAGGACAAUAUUGGGUGUGGUUUAAUUUGGAAUCUCCAAGUCACAGUCCCAACCUGAACUUCAUGGACAAACUCAUCAACCUCACAAUGUCCUACAGAAGUGACUCUGAUAUCUUCACUCCUUAUGGAUGGUUAGAGAAGAUUGAAGUCGCUGAAAACUAUACAAUCUCAAAUAAGUCUCAGCUGGUGGCUUGGAUUGUCAGUAACUGGAAUCCUAGUUCCAGACGGGUCAAGCUCUAUAACGAUUUGAAAAAUCAUAUGCCUAUAGAUGUUUAUGGUAGACAACAUCUACCUUUAACCAGGCAGGACAAACUUAGCGUUGUCUCUAAAUACAAGUUCUAUUUAUCCUUUGAGAACUCAAUACAUACAGACUAUAUAACAGAAAAACUCUGGCGUACUGCUUUUCUGUCUGGAUCUGUCCCGGUGGUUCUUGGCCCACCCAGAGAAAACUAUGAGAGAUUUAUUCCAUCUGAUUCAUUCAUUCAUGUGGAUGACUUCCCAAGUGCAAAAGAGCUGGCUUCCUACCUGCUUGAACUGGACAGAAAUGAUCAAAAAUACCAGGAAUACUUCAAAUGGAGAUCAAAACUGAGGCCAGUGGGAGAAACCUCUUGGAUUGUUCAUUACUGCCAUGCAUGUGUACAACUGCAAAAUGCCCCUCCAUAUAGAACCAUAUCAAGUCUUGGCAAAUGGUUCACAUAA